UUAGAGAUAUAUAAAUCAUGGCUAACAUUUAUCAUGCUAAGCUUUUCUUGGCUCAUUUUAUGAUAUUUGUUCUGUUUUUAUCUUUUUUUCAAUCUUGUGCUGCUGAUUUUCAUCCAAUCAAAUCUGUUUCUCCUUCCAACAUUUGCAAAUUCACCCCCCAUCCUAAUUUCUGUAAAUCAAUGCUCUCAACAACUGAAAAUGUCACUUCCAAUAAUGUCUAUGACUAUGGUCGAUAUUCUAUUCUCAAAUCUUUAUCUACAACUCGUACGUUCAUUUCCGUUGUUCAAAAAUACCUUAGAAAAUCCAAAACAUUAACAAUUUCCGCGAUUCGCGCACUCGAAGAUUGUCAAUAUUUAGCUGAUCUCAACAUAGAUUAUCUCUCAACCACCUUCAAGACUAUAAAUGAAACUUCCAAGAUUUUGCCAAUUUUGGAAGCAGAGGAUGUGCAAACUCUAUUAAGUGCUAUUUUGACAAAUACACAAACUUGUUUGGAUGGUCUCCUAGAAAUGACCUCUUUUCCUUGGAGUUUGAGAAAUGACAUUUUAACCCCUCUCAUUAAUGACACAAAACUUCAUAGUGUUUCUUUAGCUUUGUUCACACAAGAGUGGGUCCCUAAGAAGAAAAAGGGCUCCAAAACUCACCCAAUUGAAAACAAGUCAGCUUUCAGAAAUGGCCACUUGUCUUUGAAAAUGUCGGCGAGAAACAGGGCCAUAUUUGAAAGAAUCAGUAGGGGAAAGCUGCUCCAGCAACAAGAUGAUGACCAAAUUUUGGAACGUGAUGACCAUGUUUUGGUGAGUGAUGUUGUGAUUGUAAACCAAACUGGAAGUGGGAAUUUUAGUACCAUAAAUGAAGCUGUGGCUAUUGCUCCAAAUAAGACUGAUGGUACCACAGGCUAUUUUCUCAUAUAUAUUACUGCUGGCGUGUAUGAAGAGUAUGUUUCAAUUGCCAAAAACAAGAAGUAUUUGAUGAUGAUUGGUGAUGGUAUCAAUCAAACCAUCAUUACUGGCAACCACAGCCAUAAUGUUUCUGGAUAUUCAACAUUUAAUUCUUCUACUUUUGCUGUGGUUGGUCAAGGAUUUGUUGCAGUUAACAUAACCUUCCAAAACACAGCAGGACCAACCAAGCACCAAGCAGUUGCAGUCCGAAAUAGUGCAGAUUUAUCCACAUUCUAUAGUUGCAGCUUCCAUGGGUACCAAGACACGUUAUAUGUACACUCACUCAGACAAUUUUACAGAGAAUGUGACAUUUAUGGCACAGUCGAUUUCAUAUUCGGCAAUGCUGCUGCAGUUUUCCAAAACUGCAACAUAUACCCGAAACUCCCGUUAAAAGAUCAGUUUAAUGCGAUCACAGCACAAGGCAGAUCAGAUCCGAAUCAAAACACAGGGAUUUCAAUUCAAAAUUGCACUGUAAAACCAGCAGAUGACUUAAAAUUCAGCAAUAGUAGCACGCAAACGUACCUUGGUAGGCCUUGGAAGGAGUACUCGAGGACUAUUUACGCGCAAAAUUUCCUCGAUGGAUUUGUGAAUCCGUUAGGGUGGAGAGAAUGGUCAGGGGAUUUUGCACUUAAUACGAGUUAUUAUGCAGAGUUUAAUAAUACAGGGCCGGGUUCUAAUACUACUGGCAGAGUCACUUGGCCUGGUUUUCAUAUUAUUGGUGCUGCUGAUGCUGCAAAUUUCACGGUUUCUGAGUUUUUACUUGGAGAUGAUUGGUUGCCACGAACCGGAGUGCCAUAUUUUAGUAGUUUAGUAUAAGAGUCUAAGUUAUAUACAUUUUUGGUGUCAGGGGAGGAGUUAGCUUCAGAGCUACAGGUUUGAACUUUUUACAGUAUCAAGUCACUCAAAGAAGGAUGUUUACAUGUAA